AUUUGACUUAUCCUGCAGGUGGAGGCUGACUUCCUGCGCUGCCGGCAGACGAGACAUUCCCGCUGCUUCCGCAAGCAUCUGCUGCUCUCACACAGGGCUGAGCUGAAGGCCCACACCAGGAGCGUUCUUCUAGAAGAGUCUAACACCUGGCACAGAAGGUCGUACGUCAGCUCGUCGUGGUGAGAACCAGCAGCCAUGGGCAACUCCAGAAGCAGCGCCGUGUCCAAGGAGAUCCUGGAGGACCUGAAGCUCAACACCAAGUUCUCCGAGCAGGAGAUCGCCCAGUGGUACGAGAACUUCAAGAGGCAGUGUCCCACCGGACGUAUCAGCAAGGAGGAGUUCCAGACCAUCUACACCAAGUUCUUCCCGGAGAGCGACGCCAACACGUACGCCCAGCACGUCUUCCGCUCCUUCGACACCAACGACGACGGCACGCUGGACUUCAAGGAGUACAUCAUUGCCCUGCACAUGACCUCCACCGGGAAGACCACCAGGAAGCUGGAGUGGGCCUUCUCGCUCUUUGACGUCGACAAGAACGGCUACAUCACCAAGUCGGAGGUCAAGGAAAUUUGCUCGGCUAUUUUCAAGCUAAUUCCCAAGGACGAAUUGUCCAAACUGCCUUCUGACGAGAACACGGCUGAGAAGAGGGCGGAAAAACUGUGGAAGUUCUUUGACAAGGGAGAUACGGAGCGCGUGGCGGAGGGGGAGUUCAUCAAGGGGGUGUUGGAGAACGAAGAGGCCCUUCGCUUGAUCCAGUACCAGCCCCCGCAGUAGCCCGGCCCUGCGAGGCGCCCCCUUCGCCAGUCUCGACCUGCAUCUGACCUCCGAAGGCACCUUCAGCGCUCGUGAGCACUCAGUAGGCGUUGGGAUGUUCACCAAGAAUCCACUCCCGCCGCGUCCCUCGCUCGUGUUCGCGCGCCACCUCUCACCACAGCGCGGCAGCAAUCGCGCGUGUAGUUCCACUUCCUGUUUUUGUUUCGUCUGUAGCAAGGUUGCGUCAUGAUGAAGUGUGUAGUCGUGUCUUCUCAGCCAAACGUUGUCAUUUGCUCACGUCCUGUGUUUUGUCAUUUUGCACAACCUGCCCCCCACCCGUUCCCCAUUUUGGUCCACUCAGUCGUUCCGUGAAGUAUUGUCAAUAAAGGCUGUCUUAAAGGAA